AUGACUGUUCAAUCGCCCCUCGUGCCAAUCUCGCUCUUGGUGCUGGUUUCGGGCAUGGUGCACUGUAUGCCGUUGCUGACCCACCAGCGAAAUGACACGCUGCUGGACCGUCGCUGGGAGUCCCUAUUUUCUAGGUCAAUGUCUAGGAUCCCGGGGGAGAGAAGAGAAACAAACCGGGAAAGUGACUAUUUGCUGGGCAUCAAGAGGCUGCGACGGCUUUACUGCAACGUGGGCAUUGGAUUUCAUAUUCAAGUUUUGCCAGAUGGCAGAAUAAACGGGAUGCACUCCGAGAACCGAUACAGUUUGUUAGAAAUCUCUCCGGUGGAAGUUGGCGUGGUGAGCCUAUACGGGGUCACGAGUGGACUGUUUGUUGCCAUGAAUGGAAAAGGCAAGCUAUACGGAUCAAAACAUUUCACGGACGACUGCAAAUUCAAGGAAACCCUUCUUCCAAAUAACUACAAUGCCUACGAGUCGAGACGGUACCCCGGAAUGUACCUCGCUCUGGGCAAAAAUGGAAGGACAAAAAAGGGGAACAGAGUUUCUCCCACAAUGACGCUGACACACUUCUUGCCUCGGAUCUGACAGAAGAAUCUGACCUUGAGAAAAAAGGGAAGGGUGGGGAGGGGGUAUAAAGAACUAUGUGCACUUUCAAAGCAAAAGGCUGAUGUAAAAUAUUUAAUUUAAUAAUUUAAAUGUGUAUAUACGGUCAUGUUAAUUUAUAGCUGACUACUUUUUGUAUAAAAUGUAAUAUUUUAUUCCUUUUUUUUGUUGUUGUUGUUUGGAAGGGGUUGGGGGGUGAUAAAACAUAGUCUAUUAACUCCGAAGCUGCUGGAUGGGCCUACAAUGUGUUGCUAUGCAAUGUACUGGUGCCAUUGUUGAGCUGUUGGUCACCACUCCAGGUUGUCUACUGUUUACAAGCCAUACGUAUUUCUUGGCUCUAGCAGAUGAGAUGAAACAAGUGUUAGGCUGAAGCUACCAAUGAUGUCUCCUCCACCUCCAGUUACUGGUAAACCGAGGCCGUGUCAGCUUACGUCUUAUACAAGGUGCAGGGGGAGAGGACGACUCCAUGAAAUCUGUUUUUAGACCUGUCACUGCUGAACUCUGAACUUCUCCAGCAGUCAAUCUUUAGCUUGUGUCUCCAAAGGAGCACAUGUCUUUUUAACCCUUUUGUUGGCUAGCACUUAGCAAACCCUGUUGAUUUAUCUGCUCGUUAAUUAACACAUAGCAAAAUGUGCUUCUUCUUCUCUUGGUGCUAUUGUACGUAUUGGAUUUGAAGGAAGUCUUAAUGAAUGACAUGGUAUUAAAAAAAAGGGGCAAAAACAUCAAGACCACCGUAGAUGGAACUUGGCCUCCAUCCGACUGACAUUUCGAUAUUUUGUGAUAUUGGUAAAAUUGAGCUAAUAUCAUUGGGUCACAGCUCUAAUUGCCAUCAUCAAUGAUUGUUGUUAUGUCUACGGCCACACAGAGACAUAGCUGGGCCUUUCCCCUCCAGAUUUAGUUCACUGCCCAAGUUUGUUGGCUCCCCCCCCCCCCUGGGACAAAUGCCCAGCUGGUCAACCCCUGUGACCACCA